CAGGCGGUUUUCUCUCGUUGGUUUUUCUAAAUGUUUGUCUAUCUUUUUGGACUUAGUGUUGGUCUUUUUCUUCCAUUAGCGGCAUAUUUGUUAUUCAGGCGAUCUAAUCGAACAACUGAGCUACCAAACGCAGUUGUUUUACGGAAUUUAGGGGAAGACGGGCCUGCGAGACAGUUGGGACGAGCAGUACUGCCGGAGGAGACACUAACGAGGUCAUCGAAUCGAAAAGAUACUCCCAGACGCUUGAGCUUCAGCUCUGCAUUGAAGUCUGGUGGUGUGAUGCAGCGACCUUCUCUAAGAAAUCGUUCUAUUGUUAGUAGUCCCCGUCAACACUUUGCCCCAUCACCACUGAUCAGUCCACACGAAGGGACAAGAUUCGGCAGUCAUUUAGGCGGUGGACUGGUUGAUUAUGUGACUAAGACACGACUGAAGAAAGAUCACGAGUUGAGUAGGAGUCCUGUUAUGGUGAGGGUGAAGCCCGCCAGUACUCCUCCUCCUCCUGUUGCUCAAAUGGUUUCAGAGUCGACUCCGAAUGAUAGAGAAACAGUUCUGAUGGCUUUGAAACAGACGACAAGUCGGAAACGAGUGAUUCCUUCUGAUACCGAACUCUUGGACGACAACAUCAACGCAGCCAAGAGAAAGAGGCCACCAGAAGGUGUCGGUCAGGGGACAAAGAGACAGGCUGCUGAUACAGCCAGUCGUGAAGGCAAUAAGAGUGUAGCCAAACGAUCAAGGAAUAUUAGCGGUAGUGUGAAAGGCAGUGUGAAAGGCAGUGACAAUCAAUUUAGUGACAAGGCUAGGAAAAGGCAGGCAUCACCUCCGACACCCCCUGAAAAUAAACGCCCAGUCGUGCAGCAGAGACGAGAGCAACAAACAAAGAAAACAGCUGCACCCGUGAGCAACAGGGUACUGCUAGAUGAUGACAUCAUGAUGGAUGACGCUACAGCCAUGCCAUCCAAGACGUCACAGAAGCGAACACGCAGGGUGAGAGAUCAAGAUCAGCGCGAUGAGAAACAGUCGUCGGUGGGAACCAAAUCAACUGGGACAGGAGAGAGUACAAGUCGUGUCGAAUCGAAAGAAAUGAAACGAAGACGACGACGAAGUUCCAAUCAAGAGAAACCUGCUGUGCAGGUAUUUAAGUCUAAUAUUCCUAUAUAUUCACCAGGGCAACGUGAGGGUGUGGCUUUGAGACGGUUUGUUCCACUUCAUAACGAUCCAAAGGCUCCAUUGAAGCUGCCAGCUCAAUUGACAAAGGGGAAGAAGUAUACGAAGGAGGAUAUCGAACAUGACAGACAGGCUGCACAUAGUAGGGUUGAAUAUCUGUUGGCAGACGAUGAGGAGAAUGAUGGUGAUGCCAAAAUGAAAGAAUCUGAAGAUAAGACAGUUUCCAAAGACUCAAGUGAUGCGAAAGAUGACCGAGAUGCAACCCAGAAUGCCGAAGUUACUGUCAAUACAACAGCCACCGAGCAUGAAGAGCCAUUAAAAAAUUCAACCAUUACACCUAGUGUGGAGAACACAACUCCUGUGGAAGGAAACGCAAGCGAAGUACAAACCUCUGCUGCUCCGGGAUUGAAAUUGGGAGGAGAGGAAUUCAAUCUUCCUCCACCUCCAUCGUAUGAAAGUCUUACUGAUACAUCACAUCAAAUUCUCAACGAGCAAGCAAAGUCUCAUUCAAGCAUUACUGAAGGUUUUUUGCAGCAGCCUAGUGCUCUGAUAGCAAAGACUCAAAGUUCAACGGAACUACCAAAGCCUUCGUUCUCUCUUGAAUCAUUACAGAAAGGUGUGGCAAGCCAAGAAAACAAACCACUGUUUACUUUUCCAUCCAUUGCUCUAUCCACUCAAUCAACAACACCAUUAGUUAGCUCAUCUCAGCUCUCUACAUCAACGAAAGCCACUAGCAUCUUGCCGACUGGCUUUAAUUUGACGAGUGGAAUAUCAUUUCCUUCUGUGUCUACUCCUCAAUCAGAGAAGACGACGACUUCAGCAGUGAGUCAUGAUGUGGUGAGUCCGAUGUCGGAUGAGGACACAGAAGGGACACCACAACAGACAGGAACUACACCAAAUGCAACAGUGAAGACCGCACCCAAGGUGUCAUUCAACGUAUUGCCCAGUAGCCAGACUCAAACGCCACAACAGCCAGACGCAACCGCAACAACGAAAUUUUCAUUUGGGCUAACGCCUGGACAAGGACGGCAGAAGGAAAAAGAAACCAGUAAAACACCAAAUUUAUUAUUCAAUUUUACACAAACUCCUCAGCUUCCUCUACAACAGCAAACACAGAGGAUCACAGGUGGACCGAGUUUCUCAUUUGGACAGAAUUCUAGCACGCCAGGUGGAGGUCUUGCUCCUCAGUCAACUCCUAGCAACUUCAGUUUUUCUCUCAAGCCACAAGGCAAGCCAACUAGUGGAGGUGGAUUGCCGUUUCAAUUUGAAUCUCAAACGGCUGGCCAGAACGCUCAACAAGUUGCCACUCCUGUACCAUCAUUUGGACCUUUAGGAGGCAACCAGACAAAGCAAAACGUGCCUGCAACAUUCAAUUUCUCAUUAUCAGCUGCUACAGGGCAGCCGACUGCACAAGGGACAUUUGGGAACCAACACACACACAUGACACCCACGUUUGGUGCUCAACCUUCUGGUUUUUUAAGCAAUCAGUCAUUUACAGCAGGUCAAGGAAAUGGAGGCCAAAUGGGCCAAACUGUAGGAUUCACGGUAGGUAGUAGUUCAAGUUCGCAGCAACGGCCGGUUGCUCGAGCGCGACGCCGGACACAAGGCAAACCCCGGUAGCAUCGCCGUGUGUAUACUGCUUUAUUGCAUUGACUAAUAAUCUAGACACAAAUCGAAAUAUAACUCUAUGAAGUCACUUUC